AUGAGUGGACACCCAUUCGCAUAUUCUUCAGCACCGGUGCGACGUGUUGCAGCAGUGCAGUUUGGCAUUCUGUCUCCGGAAGAGAUCAAAGCGAUGUCUGUGGCCAAAGUCGAAUUCCCAGAGUUAUAUGAUGAAGGCACACAAAAACCAAGAGUGGGAGGUCUCCUUGAUCCGCGUAUGGGAACCAUCGAUCGUAACUACAAGUGUCAAACUUGUGGUGAAGGCAUGGCAGUCUGUCCGGGUCAUUUUGCACAUAUUGAGCUUGCUAAGCCUGUCUUUCACAUUGGUUUCCUUACAAAAGUGAAAAAGAUUCUCGAAUGCGUUUGUUUUCAUUGUUCGAAAUUGAAAGUGGAUGAUUCGAAUCCACGCUUUGUUCGGGCAAGAAAGAUCCGGGAUCCAAAAGCACGUUUGCGAGCAGUGUGGGAUUUGGCCAAGACGAAGAUGGUUUGCGAAGGAGGGGAUGAAAAUGAUGAUGGCCUCGAUGAUCGGGAGGAUGCUGAUGGCAAACGCAAGCAUGCACAUGGAGGAUGUGGAUAUAAGCAACCAACGAUUCGCAAGGAUGGUCUCAAGCUUUAUGCACAAACCAAAGGCAACUCUGGUGAUGACUCAGCUACCGAAGGUCGACAGCAGCUCACAGCCAACAAGGUCCUUCAAAUCUUGAAGAACAUUUCAGAUCAAGAUAUUCGUGACAUGGGUUUAUCGGAUGAGUUUGCACGACCUGAAUGGAUGAUCAUUACUGUAUUGCCUGUUCCUCCACCACAAGUACGCCCCAGCAUUCAAAUGGAUGGCACGAGUCGAGGCGAAGAUGAUUUGACACACAAGCUUUCCGAUGUUCUCAAAGCCAAUGCCAAUGUUCGGCGAUGUGAAUCUGAAGGUGCACCUGUACACGUUGUACAAGAAUUUGAGCAAUUGCUUCAGUUCCAUAUUGCUACGUACAUGGAUAAUGAUAUUGCCGGUCAGCCCCAAGCUUUGCAGAAAUCGGGUAGACCUCUCAAAUCUAUCCGUGCAAGAUUAAAAGGCAAAGAAGGACGUCUUCGUGGCAAUUUGAUGGGUAAACGUGUCGACUUUUCAGCACGUACAGUCAUUACUGGUGAUCCAAACUUGUCUCUUGAUCAAGUUGGUGUUCCACGCAGCAUUGCACGCAAUUUGACCUAUCCUGAAAUUGUUACGCCAUACAACAUUGACAAGCUACAAUCACUUGUACGCAAUGGUCCCUUGGAACAUCCAGGUGCUAAGUACGUGAUUCGUGACACGGGCGAACGUAUCGAUUUGAGUUACAGAAAGCGCGCUGGCGAGAUACCCCUCCAAUAUGGAUACAAAGUCGAGCGUCAUAUCAACGAUGAUGAUGUGGUCAUUUUCAAUCGUCAACCUUCAUUGCACAAAAUGUCCAUGAUGGGUCAUCGUGUUCGUGUUAUGCCUUAUUCAACAUUCCGCCUCAACUUGUCGGUCACCACACCCUACAAUGCUGAUUUCGAUGGUGAUGAAAUGAACUUGCACGUUCCACAAUCCUUGGAGACACGAGCUGAAGUCACUGAGAUUUGUAUGGUGCCAAAGCAGAUUGUAUCACCGCAAUCCAACAAGCCGGUCAUGGGUAUUGUGCAAGAUACACUUUGUGGUAUUCGCAAGUUUACGCUUCGAGACACCUUCUUGACCAAGGAUAUGGUGAUGAAUAUUGUCAUGUGGGUCCCUGAUUGGGAUGGCUAUAUUCCCCCACCAGCCAUUAUCAAACCCAAGGCCAUGUGGACUGGUAAACAAAUCCUUGCCAUGGUGAUUCCCAAGGGUAUCAACUGUCAAACUUUCCAUUCCACUCAUCCUGAUCGUGAACACACCUACAUUUCGCCUGGUGAUACGCGUGUCAUUGUUGAAAAUGGCGAGUUGAUUUGUGGUAUCGUUUGUAAAAAGACUGUGGGUACAGCAAGUGGUGGUUUGGUCCAUACCAUUGUCAAUGAGCAAGGUGCUGAAGCAGCCAAGAACUUUUUGACGGGCACACAACAAGUGGUCAACUAUUGGCUUUUGCAAAAUGGUUUCAGUAUUGGUAUUGGUGACACCAUCGCCGAUCGUAAUACCAUGGCAACCAUCACCAACGUGAUCGCCCAAGCAAAGCAACGUGUGCAAGAAAUCAUCAUGACAGCACAACAAGACAAGCUUGAAGUACAGCCUGGUAUGACAUUGCGUGAGACCUUUGAAGCCAAGGUGAAUCAAACCUUGAACAAGGCUCGUGAUGAUGCUGGUAAAAUGGCCCAGGAGAAUUUGAAGAUCGACAACAACGUCAAGCAAAUGGUGUUGGCUGGUUCCAAGGGUUCUUUUAUCAAUAUUUCACAAAUGUCAGCUUGUGUGGGUCAACAAAACGUGGAGGGCAAGCGUAUUCCUUAUGGUUUCCAAUACCGUACGCUUCCUCACUUUUCCAAGGAUGAUCACAGCCCUGAAAGUCGUGGUUUCGUCGAGAAUUCAUAUUUGCGUGGUUUGACACCAACAGAGUUCUUCUUCCACGCUAUGGGUGGUCGUGAAGGUUUGAUUGAUACGGCUGUCAAGACUGCAGAAACCGGUUACAUCCAAAGACGUCUUGUUAAGGCACUUGAAGAUGUCAUGGUCAAGUACGAUGGCACUGUGCGUAACUCUUUGGGCGAUAUCAUUCAAAUGGUCUAUGGUGAAGAUGGUUUGGAUGCAUGCUUUGUCGAGAAGCAAAAGUUGGCUACCAUUGGCUGUUCCGAAGAACAAUUUGUGGAUCGCUUCAAGGUGGACCUUGCUAGCAAAAAAGGAUUCCGACCUGGUACACUCAACUACAAUGUUCUCAAAGCUGUGGAAGGCAAUGAGAUGCUUCAAAACCAGUUGGAUCAAGAAUUCCUUCGUCUUGAAGAAGAUCGACACUUGUUGCGUGAAUACAUCUUCAAGGAUGGAGAAGAUAAAUGGCCAUUACCAGUCAACUUGCAGCGUCUUAUCACCAAUGCUCAGCAAAUUUUCCAUAUCGAUCCUCGAAAGCCAUCCGACAUUCAUCCUCUUCAGGUGAUUGAUGGUAUCUCAUCAUUGGCCGAUCGAUUACUUGUGGUCCGUGGCAGUGAUAAGAUUUCCGCCGAAGCUCAAAAGAAUGCAACAUGUCUUUUCCGAUCCUUGUUACGAUCCACAUUUGCCGUGAAGCGUGUGGUUGAAGAAUAUCACUUAACAUCCCAAGCCUUUGAAUGGAUUCUUGGUGAAAUUGAAAGCCGUUUCCAAACUGCCAUGGUUGCUCCUGGUGAAAUGGUUGGCACGAUUGCUGCACAAUCUAUUGGUGAACCUGCUACACAAAUGACUCUGAACACUUUCCAUUAUGCUGGUGUGUCGAGUAAGAACGUUACUCUUGGUGUCCCACGUUUGAAGGAAAUCAUCAACGUUGCCAAGAAUAUCAAGACGCCUCGUCUCGAAGUGUGGUUGGAUGCUGAGCGUUCUCGCAACAUUGAGUUGGCCAAGGAAGUUCAAGUCCAUCUUGAACAUACCACUUUGCAAAAGGUCACUGCACGUACGGAGAUCUUUUACGAUCCUGAUCCACGCAACACUAUCAUUGAAGAAGAUGCGGAUUUCGUUGAUACAUACUAUCAGCUUGAAGAUGACAACUCACCUGUGGUUACUCGCGUAUCACCUUGGUUGCUCCGUAUUGAAUUGGAUCGUGGUAUGAUGGUCGACAAACGUUUGAAUAUCACCGAAGUGGUGCAAAGAAUCUCUGAAGAGUUCAAGAGUGAUCUCCACGUCAUUGGCAGUGAUGAUAACUCUGAGAAGCUUAUCAUCCGUUGUCGUGUUAUGAUGGAUGAGAAUGAAGAAAAGGGCAUGGACGAAGACGAGGGCCGAGCUGAAGAGGAUACGUUCUUGCGUAAACUUGAAACCAGCAUGCUUAGCUCGAUCAAUCUUCGUGGUAUUCCAAGAAUUCAAAAGGUGUAUAUUGUUGAACGCAAGGAUACUCGUUUGAAUGCAAAUGGCAACUUUGACACAGUGACGGAGUGGGGUUUGGAUACCGAUGGCAUCAAUUUGCAACAAGUCAUGUGCCAACGUGGUGUUGAUGAACGUCGCACUUAUUCCAACAACACUGUUGAAAUCAUGGAAGUCCUUGGUAUUGAGGCUACUCGCAAGGCUUUGCUCAAGGAAUUGCGUAACGUCAUUGAAUUUGAUGGUUCCUAUGUCAACUAUCGCCACUUGGCAUUGCUUUGUGAUGUCAUGACCAACCGUGGCCACUUGAUGGCUAUUACUCGUCAUGGUAUCAAUCGAGCUGAGACGGGUGCUUUGAUGCGUUGUUCAUUCGAAGAGACUGUGGAGAUUCUAUUGGAAGCAGCAGCUGUCGGUGAAUUGGAUGAUUGUCGUGGUGUUGCUGAAAACAUCAUGCUUGGUCAAUUGGCACCUUUGGGUACCGGUGAAUUUGAUGUCAUGUUGGAUGAAGAUAUGCUCAAGACUAUUCCUCAUGAUAAUCGCCAAACCAUGCCUAAUGGCGUUCCUGGAGAUGUUGGAGGUUUCACUACACCAGGCCCUGGUUACAUGACGCCCAAUUUGGGUACACCUUACGAUACUCGUUCACCAGACUGGGUCGACUUUUCACAUCCAUCAUCGCCUUCAGAACCUAUGUUCUCACCUAUGGGCAAUACAGGUGCGGCAUCACCAUCAGGUGCUAGUCCUUGGCGUGGUGAUCUUAGUCCAUAUGCAGCAAGCCCUGGUUAUUCACCUACAUCGCCUGGAUACUCGCCAUCGAGUCCUUCGUACAUUACGUCGCCUGGCUAUUCACCAGCAUCACCCAAUUAUUCGCCUACGAGCCCAUCUUAUUCUCCAACAUCGCCAAGCUAUAGCCCAACUUCACCAAGCUACAGCCCCACUUCACCUAGCUACAGCCCCACAUCGCCAAGCUAUAGUCCCACUUCACCGAGCUACAGCCCAACAUCACCAAGCUACAGCCCAACAUCGCCAAGUUAUAGCCCAACUUCUCCAAGUUAUAGCCCAACAUCACCAAGCUAUAGUCCAACAUCUCCUAGCUAUAGCCCAACGUCGCCAAGCUACAGUCCAACUUCUCCAAGCUAUAGCCCAACGUCUCCUAGCUACAGCCCUACGUCUCCUAGCUACAGCCCUACGUCGCCAAGCUACAGCCCCACAUCACCUAGCUACAGCCCUACGUCGCCAAGCUACAGCCCCACAUCUCCAAGCUAUAGUCCAACGUCGCCAAGUUAUAGUCCAACAUCUCCAAGCUAUAGCCCGACGUCGCCAAGCUAUAGCCCUACCUCCCCAAGCUACAGCCCAACUUCUCCAAGUUACAGCCCAACAUCGCCUAGCUACAGCCCAACAUCACCGAGCUACAAGAACAACAACAACAACCGUUAA